AUAUAUAUAAAGAAGAAGAAAAUGAAAGAAGGAUUAAAGAAGAAGAAGAUGGGUAUAUGCUUUGGUUGCUUCGGUGGUGGUGACAAGCGCAUGACCAAAGAAGAAGAACGAUUAGCCUCUGAAGAAGCGCGUGCUAGAGCUGCUGAAGCCGCUCAGAAAAGACAAGAGGACUUUGAGAAAUCUGCAGCAGGACGAGCUGCACGUGCACAUCAAAAAGGAAUGGCAAAGCAAGCUGCAAACGCAAAUCACGGCGAACCAACUCUAAAGUGGCAGAUGGGUUGAGAUUAGACAAUAAAUUUGUCUGUUUGUAAGAUUGAUAUGUGUUAACGUAGAAAGGAAUAUCAAGUACUUUUGAUCUGACAGAAUGCAAAUGCAUCUUCAUCGAUGUGCCUGAUUGGUUUCUUUUCUUGUGUUACAGUAUCAAUGACAGAUCCAGUCCGAUUCUAUACACAGCGUGCUUCCCUUGUCGGGAAGAUGAUUUACAGGAACUUGAGUGCAAUUGUUUCAUUUGUACAAUUUGUUUUUAUACUAGACAAUGAAAUAUUCUGUUUGUUUGUAAAGAAUCGAUGGUGAAAGAAAAUGGGUAUAUGUUGCUAAGGUAGUUUGACUUUGAAGUUUGACACAUUCUCUUUCUCUUUGUAUGAUAUUAAUUUCAGCAAAACCAUUUUCUUAAAGAAA